AUGGAAGAUGAUAUCAUUACCUUUUUGGGCGUAGAGCACCACAGACGUGUCGCGGGGAGAUUCACAAAGAUAUACGGAGGGACGCGGCCUUUUGCUCCUUCUCCCAUUCUGUUUGCUGCGUAUUAUGGCUUGGCGCAAGUCAUGAAGGUUCUUCUGAAUCAAGGCGCUGAUCUGCGCAAAGACCUACCGUUGGGGGUGGCUGCACAAGAAGGACACCUCGAGAUGGUGAAGCUGCUAUUGUCGCGAGACGAUGUCGAUGACAAUCAGGCUGAUCCGGAAAGGAGAUAUCGUACGCCUCCCAUGGAAGCAGCGCGCAAUGGUCAUCCAGAGGUUGUCAGGGCACUUCUGGAGUGUGGUCGCAUGGAAUCGCUGAAUACUGCCUGUGAAAACGGUGCUUCAGCGCUAUUCUGGGCCGUCUGGGGUGGCCAUUCAGGAGUGGUCAGGAUCCUCCUUGCACAGCCGGGAAUCAAGGUAACUACGUGGGAUGAAAGCUACGAGUCCCCGCUUAUGGUCGCUGCAGGUAGAGGUCAUAGCGAGAUUGUCAGGAUGUUUCUAGAGCAGGAAGAUAUCAAUCUGGAUGCACCCUCGUUUAUAACACCACAAACGGCCUUGCGGUAUGCUGCAGAUACUGGGCACGAGCAAAUCGUGAAGAUGUUGUUGAAGACAGGCAGGGUGGACGUCAACGGCAAAGAUCGGUAUGGAUUCACAGCCCUUGCUGGAGCCGCCAAAGAAGGACAAAUCCAGGCCGUCAAAGUGUUGUUGGAGCACCCUGACAUAGAUACUAUAGCAAAGGAUGGCAGGAAUGCAUACGAUCUUGCAGUUGAAAAUGGACAUCACGAGAUCGUGAGUCUUCUUGCAACGUGCGGAGACGUAAAUUACGCAAAAUGA